AUGUCGUUUCACAAUGAUUCGUCGUAUGGAAACCCCGGCAUCUACCGUCGAUCCAUCGAGGAGAUCAUGUAUACACCAAAUCGGGCGGCACCCGCGAAAAAGGUGUUUUACGAUGAAACCCUUUCAACCCUCAAAAAGGUCACUCGGUUGAAAGACAAAUUCGAAAAUGGGACGUUGAACAUCACCGAGAACGAGCCGGAGCAGGCAGACAAUUCUGAUGAAGGCGAGGAUGUAUGCGACGGUCCAGUCUUUGCAAAUAUGACGACUCCACUUCCCAAGCCGAGAACUAUUCUGUCAAUCAAAAGACCACAAAGAGAAGUUGAAGAAACCGACGAAGAAGACUGUUUCAACCCAGGCGUCGUGGAAACUCCAAUUUUGCGCACACCGUCGAGACAGGUAUCCGGAAGCAGCUUCAUCAAUUCUCGUCUCAAAACUUCUCAAUCGGACGUGAAAAAUAUGGAGUACGCGAUUCCUGAAUCAGUUGAUAGAUACAAAACCCAAUCAGCUGGAUCGUACUCCUCAUCAGCAUCGUCGACGUCGUCUCAAGAGACUAGAUGCAAAACUCCAACGGAGAAUGCUACAUUCAACGUCAACAACCAUAACUACUACUCGAAAUUUGCUAGAGCUCAAGUUCACGAGAAGUUUAGAAUGUACUUCAAGUGGGGAUCUGAGACUCUUCGUGCGAUCGCUGUUGCGGUUUCGACGAUGCGACUCCAAGCGCUCGAGAAUCUCCCACUAUUCGAACAAGACGAUCGUGUUAGAAUGAUGAAAAAAAUCUACGAAAGCUGCAAAAAAGGCGCCAACAAGGAAAUGGACGCUCUCUGCUCCGCACUCUUCGAUCUUCUCGACGACGUUAGUGAGCCGCGCCUCUCGAUUCACGAAGAAUAUGUUGUCCAGAAGUACAACAAAAAAAUGCAGAAGAAGUAG